AUGCUCGGCUUCAGCGUUCUACCACCUCCUCCGCGAUACCCAGGCGUCGGCGGCUAUGGAGCCGCGGGCCUAGGUGGCAUUGUGCCACUUGUCGAAACAAACAACACCAUUGAGAAGCCGACCGGUCCCGAAUGGCAGUUCCUCGUCGGAGAAGGCACCUACGUCCUCAGAGAAGAUCUCUCUUUGGCCACACCUCCUCCACAUCCCUCCGAAGCUCCUAUCGUGAACCCGAACCCGCUCGCGACCAACCCACAGCCCGCCAGCGCAGGAACCAAAUUAUCCCUCGUCAGCCUCCACCCCAAGCCGCCGCCAUUUGUCUACAGAGGGCCUGCGGCGUCAUCCUUUGGCGGGCUGCCCGCACAGGAUGGCUCCAACGACCUUCGAUACUCUACCGAAGGCGGACUGAGCAGUGAAGAUGGCCGAGGGACCUCCAACAGCGAUAAGCAAGGCUCACAGGUUGCCUGGGGAUCGGCUGCACCGGUGUUUGGCCAAGGCAAUGCGGCACUGACGACGGUCGUUACCAAAGAUGUGAACAAGAGAAAGAAGCCCAAGAAUAACGUCACAAAGAGCAACUCGUCAUUCAUUUCUAGAGUCAUUGUCAAUGACAGCGUCAGCCGGCGGCUCACCGACCGUCCUGCCGACGGCAUCUUCGCCUUUGCCAAUAUUAAUCGGGCUUUCCAAUGGUUGGAUAUGUCGUCGCCCAACAAGGCAAACUACCUCGUCAAAGUUCUCUUUACGAAAGCCCACUGCUUGUGCCACGACGUGAACAUGGCUACCAAGGGUGCUUCUCACCUCGAUGUCAUCAUGGGGUUUUCUACUGGCGAGAUUAUCUGGCUCGAACCGAUCUCGCAGCGCUACGCGCGGCUAAAUAAGAAUGGCGUCAUCAACAAUACACCGGUGGCACACGUCAAGUGGCUUCCCGGAUCCGAAAAUCUCUUUCUGGCGGCGCAUAUGGACGGCUCGCUGAUUGUCUACGACAAAGAGAAGGAAGAUGCGGCAUUUACGCCCGAAGACGAGACUCCAUCUAAUGGAGGCUCGGAUGCUGGCGAUGCGACAAACGGAAACUCACAUGGAGUCAGCAUGCUCAUCCACAAAUCGGUACACUCCAAGAACCAGAAGACAAACCCAAUAGCGGCCUGGAAGCUAUCUAACCAGCGCAUACACUCCUUUGCAUUCUCGCCCGAUCGGCGACACCUGGCGGUUGUAUCUGAGGAUGGCACUCUGCGAAUUAUCGACUAUCUCCAGGAAGAGCUUCUCGAUUUAUUCUUCUCUUAUUAUGGCGGAUUUUCCUGUGUGGUAUGGACACCGGACGGUAAAUACGUCUUAACCGGCGGACAGGAUGACCUCAUCUCCAUUUGGUCAAUGGCAGACGCCGCUUUGGUUGCGCGAUGCCAAGGUCAUGAAUCCUGGGUCGCGGCGCUGGUGUUUGAUCCGUGGCGUUGCGACGAUCGCAACUACCGCUUUGGUAGUGUUGGUGAAGACGGGCGACUAUGCCUGUGGGACUUCUCGGCGGUGAUGCUACAUCGUCCCCAAACUAACCGCCACAGAGGCUCGGUUUCGUCAAAUGUUGGCGUAGCAGAGCGAGUCAAUAGCUACGACAGCGAUGAGGGCGCUGGAAUUGCGCACGCCGUCGAGCCACGAGCACGCAUCCCCAUGCUUCCCCCAGUUAUGACAAAGGUCAUUGACAAGCAUCCGCUAUCAUGGCUAGAGUUUACUGAAGAUGCCAUCAUUACCAGCUGCAAAAACGGCCAUAUUCGAACGUGGAAUCGGCCGGGCAUGGGAGCUGCAGGAGAGCCCGAGUCUUCAGAGGCAACCUCAUGA